GCCCUUUUGCGAAUAACAUGUAAUCGCAUAUUGUCCAACUACGGGGAUGAUCAAGGUUUGAGGUUAAUUAAGGUAAGAGAUUUAGUCACGUGGGAAACGAGGACAAUCGCGGAGAUGAGGUGAAUGUAUGUGAGAGGGUCAUCAGGCAAAAAAGGCGUCUUCGAAAGGGUCUCGAUCAGCGAGCGCCGCGAGAUUGAUUAUUUAAUGGUAGGGAGGGCGGCGAGAGCGACUUAUCGCCCCCGUUGCAAAAUGGGUCGUCGACGCAAUGCGGUACGUCGCCGCGCACCGGCUGCACACGUACACAUCGCUCGUACGGACACGCACGCGACCAAGGAAAUCCUGAAAAUCCCAUCGUCGGCGCCAUCUUCGAGUAUCCUCGAUCGUGAGAUUUCCGCGAGAUGAACGACAGAGGUCCGAGAUAUAUAAAUGAUCUAUAAAUCCUUGGACGCGUCGUGCAUCGCGUGGAAGCGUGUUGCGACGUGUUGUGUCAGUGACGGACAUACGCACACACGUAGAAGAGUGCCCAGCGACUCCGAAGACAAAUACGUCGACGAGAAACACUGCGUCAGAGUCUACGAACGGAGGAAGAGGCGUGCGCCGAUCCCUCGUGCGAACGGUAGAUCAUCGAGCGGCGGGAGCGGGUAAUCGAUACUUGGCGACAAUUCACCAGACAUCCUGUUUCUGCAAGGCAGAGCUUCUCGGCGGGGACGGGAACGGCGCGAGAAAGCGAGCAGCGGUUCCUGCGGCGGGAUAUCAACAGGCAUCGAGAAGUUAGCGGAUGUGUGAUCGUUGCGUAUCUGCGAAGUCGACCUCCCUCUCGACAAUUCUCUCCCGUUGAGCCGUCGUAUCUACAGUGUCGAAGAAAAAAUGGCCAUCGCCGCGUCGGACUAUCAGCUCAAGUGGCACAGCUACGGCGAGCAUCUGCACAGCUCCGUCGCGACGCUGCUCCACUCGGAGUCCUUCGCGGAUGUUCUACUGGCCACGUCCUGCGGCCGGCAUGUAGCGGCUCACCGAUUCGUCCUUGCAGCAUGCUCGUCGUACCUCAGUCAUAUUUUCCAGACAUGUCACUUCGGCGCGAAUACCAAUGCCCCGAUAAUCGUGGUAUUGCCUACGGAGAUUGGAUACCGCACACUGAAGAUCCUGAUACAGUACAUGUACAGCGGCGAGGCCACCGUGGCAAACGAUCAAUUAGAGGGUGUUUUAAAAGCCGGCGAUAUCUUACGUGUGCGUGGAUUGUGGAGAUCAAACGGUAGCAAGAAGGAAAACAUACAGUCGAAUAAUCAGAAGAUCGAGCGCGACAAGAAGGAAACGUCACAGGUGACCGGGCAAAUACAAAAGAUCAAGCUGGUGCAACCGACUAUGGAGAAGGUAGCCGAGAAUGCGCAACAGGCGGCGACAGCUCAAAAUAAUGUACAGCCUCAAAAGCCAGUCGAGAGGAAAAGCACCGAGGUAACCACCGAUGAGUCCAACGAAUCCGAAACGAAGAACGUCUUAGAGGAGAACAAAAGUAACGAACAGAACAAGAACAAAGAGAAUUUCGAGGUGAAUGGCAAGAAGAAGAAAGCUGCUAACAGCGACGUCGAGUCGAACAAGUCCAAGACCGAAAGUGGCGAAAACACCGAACUAAAUCUGGAACUGUUAGUAAAGGACGAGCCGAUCGACUGGGAAGAGUCGAUCGAUCCGUCAGAAUCGCUCACCAUAGACCAUGAGAUCGAUAUCAAACCAGAAAUCGUACACAGUGCAGACGAAGAUGGAGACCUAGAGGAGGAAGAAUAUACACCACUGACGUGUGAUAUGUGCAGUCAAACGUUUAACAGGCCGUCCGAUUGGGUGAGGCAUAUAGAAUUCACGCACGCUGACAUGACCGAAAAUCGGAGAAAGAAACGGAAGGACGACAUGAACGAUGACAGCAAAGACUUCCCGCCGUUGAAGUGCGAUUUAUGCGGUAACAUGUACUCCACGCCGCAAGAAUGGGUACGUCACAUACAAACGGAACACACAGAAGAGCAGCUGGCCUUGAUGAACAACUCGGCGCCUCCCAAACCAAAAAGGGUUCACAAUCACCAAAAGUUGUGCAACAUAUGUCAAAAGGAAUUCCCCAGCCACGCCUCAAUGGUCAUCCAUCAGAGAACGCAUACAGGAGAAAAACCGUUUCUCUGUUCCUACUGUAAAAAAGGCUUUAAUGUAAAGAGCAAUUUGCUAAGGCACCUAAGGACACUGCAUGACAAAUACGUACAUCCUAGCUUGUACGGGAGUAACGGUAGCACGAAUGCUUAA